UUUUCUGAGAGAGAGAGAGAGAAGAGAGGAAUUUGAAAAUUUUCCGGUGUGUUGGCGUGGAUCGAUUUUCGCGAGGGUUGUUCAUGUUCUUCACGUUCUAGAGGAAUUUCCAGCCUCUGGUUCGCUCAUUCAUGCUGUAAUCCGAGGCUGGUAUUCGAGUUUAAGGGAGUUGAAGGGAGCUGCCUUUGAUUCUCGAGCUCUGUUUUCCUUCUUGCCCGAGGAAGCUCUAGGGCUUUUCGGUGGAUUGGGAAGGAAACGUGAGCUGAAAAAAAAGUUCAUAGGAACUGAGGGUUGUAUUGAUCAGUGGUUGUUGGUUAGAAUCCUGAUUGAAGAAUGAGCGCGGUCUCAGGCGUAAUCUCUAGGCAACUUUUGCCGGCUUGUGGUGACCUCUGCAUAUUUUGUCCAGCACUGCGAGCAAGGUCCAGGCAGCCCGUGAAGAGGUACAAGAAGCUGAUUGCUGAAAUAUUCCCCCGUAAUCAGCAGGCGGAAGGUCCAAAUGACCGGAAAAUUGGAAAACUCUGCGAAUAUGCUGCCAAGAAUCCUUUGCGCAUGCCAAAGAUUUCAAAUUCUCUCGAGCAAAGGUUUUACAAGGAAUUGAGGAAUGAGAACUUCCAGUCUGCAAAAAUAGUCAUGUGCAUAUACAGGAAGCUGCUAGUCACUUGUAAGGAGCAAAUGACACUUUUCGCUAGUGGCUUGUUAAGGGCAAUACAAGCUCUUUUGGAUCAAUCUCAACAAGAUGACAUGCAAAUAACUGGAUGUCAGACUCUUUUCGAAUUUGUAAAUAAUCAGAAGGAUAGUAGCUACAUAAACAACUUAGAAGGGUUUAUUCCAAAACUGUGCCAGUUAGCUCGGGAAGUUGGGGAUAAUGAUAGAUCAAGGAACCUGCGUGCAGCAGGACUUCAAGCCCUUUCAUCAAUGGUUUGGUUAAUGGGCGAAUACUCUCAUAUAUCCAAUGACUUUGAUAAUGUUGUCUGUGGGGUCUUGGAAAAUUACGGCCAUCCCAAAAUACCAUCAGAUGCUAAUGAGAGUAACAGAAAAUGGGUAAAUGAAGUGCUAAAAAAUGAAGGUCACACUGCUUAUCCAGACUCUCUUAUAAAUGUUCCUUCUUGGAGAAAUGUUGUGAACGACAAUGGUGAAUCAAAUGUGACAAUGGAAGAUUCCCGAGACCCUAGCUUUUGGUCCAAGGUUUGCCUGCAGAACAUGGCCAAGCUAGGUGAGGAGGCCACAACUGUGCGACGUAUACUGGAGUCUUUGUUCCGUUACUUUGACGAGGGAAAUCUGUGGUCAAAGGAAAAUUCUACAGCAUUCCAGGUUUUGAGGGAUUUGCAAUUUUUAAUGGAGAAAUCUGGUCAAGGAACACACUUUCUGUUGUCCAUGUUGAUCAAACAUCUUGAUCAUAAAAACGUUCUUAAGCAGCCAAGCAUUCAGCUCGAUAUUUUAUGGGUUACCACCUCUCUUGCUGAACAGGCAAAAAUUGAGCACUCAGUGGCAAUAGUUGGUGCAAUAUGUGAUAUCAUGAGGCACCUGAGAAAGAACAUGCAUUGCUCUCUUGACGAUGCAAAUUCAGGAGCUGAUGAAACAAAGUUGAACAGAAUGAUUUCUGUAGCUGUUGACAAGUGCCUCAUUGAAUUAGCAGGCAAGGUUGGGGAUGCUGGCCCAAUUCUGGACGCCAUGGCUAUGAUGUUGGAGAAUAUCUCAGCUAUUACUGACGUUGCAAGAACCAUGAUUGCCACUGUUUUUCGAGCUGCUCAAAUAAUAGCCUCUAUGCCAUAUCUGUCAUAUCGAGACAAGGCUUUCCAUGAGGCCUUAUUCCAUCAGUUACUUCAAUCCAUGGUUCAUCCAGACCAUGAAACACGCAUUGGUGCUCAUCGCAUAUUUUCUGUUGUGCUUGUGCCAACCUCAGUUUGCCCACGCCCUUCCUUAGUUUAUGUUGACUUAAAGAAAGGCAUGGGUCUUCCUCGUUCACUUUCAAGAACCGUGUCUGUCUUUUCCUCCUCGGCUGCCCUUUUUGAGAAGCUAAAGAAGGACAAAUUUUCCUCGAUACUAAACCCUGACCAGAUCAUAAAGGAAAGUGUCAUAUCCGAGGAAGAACCCAGAAGUAAUAGUGGCAAUAGAUUGAAAUCCUCGUACAGUCAGGCUUAUAGCACAAGGGAUCAACCAGAGGCCACAACAGCUGAUACAAACUCCAUAAAUGUCUCGAACUCUGACCUGGAUGUUGGCUGUCUAAGGCUAAGUAGUCACCAGAUAAGUGUUCUGCUCUCAUCAAUAUGGGCACAGUCCAUAUCUCCUGCAAAUACACCAGAGAAUUAUGAAGCUAUAGCUAACACAUACAGUCUUCUAUUGUUGUUCUCUCGUGCCAAGAAUUCCAGUCAUGAGGCCUUGAUUCGAAGUUUGCAAAUGGCACUUUCGUUGCGGGAUAUUUCUCUCAUGGAAGGAGGUCCUUUUCCUCCAUCACGACGUAGGUCACUCUUUAUGCUGGCCACCUGUAUGAUUCUCUUUUCCUCAAAAGCAUUCAAUCUCCUUCCUCUGGUGGAUUUCACCAAAGCAGCACUUCAAGCACAAAGAGUAGACCCAUUUCUACGCUUGUUUGAGGAUCACAAGUUGGAGGCUGUUAAACCAGAUCAACGACCAACAACUGCUUAUGGUUCCAAAGAAGAUGAUGCUACGGCUAUAGAUGCUCUUUCAAGUUUGUCCAUCUCCAAGGAACAAAGCAGAGAAAUUCUUGUCACUGAAAUUGUCAAAAGCUUAGAUAACGUGUGCAAUUCUGAAAUGGACAAAAUGCGGGAAAAGCUGCUUUGUGAAUUCUUGCCUGAUGACGCAUGUCCACUUGGAACUCGGUUUUUGGGAGAAACCCAGAGCAUUCACCAAGUUGAUCCCAGUGAUGCUAAAUCUCAAAAGGAGGACACGAUGCCUUUCUCUCUCGAGGAUCAAGAACUUGGAGAUGGAAUUGGAACUCUUGCCAAGAACAAUCCUGUAAAACAUACAGAAAUUUCGCAACUCCUAAGUGUGAAUCAACUUAUGGAAUCAGUUGUAGACACAACUCAUCAAGUGGGUAGAAUUUCCGUCCAUACGGCAAGCGACUUUUCAUAUAAAGAAAUGACAUUUCAUUGUGAGGCGCUUUUAAUGGGAAAGCAGCAGAAGUUCUCGAGCCUUUUGAGCACUCAAUUACGACAAGAGAGCCUUAAAAACGUCUCUCCUCGAAAUCACAAUGAGGAGAUAGAGCACACAACUUUGCAUUCUCAGAUCAGUUCAUGCUUUCAUGCGGCGGUUGGGAUCCCAUCCCCAGCAUCCUCAAGAUCACGUGUGGGAACCGUUCAGCCAGAGAGCUCUUCAGAAUUGGAAAGUAACCCACAAUCAUUUAGGUUACCGGCCUCAAGCCCUUACGAAAACUUCCUCAAAGCUGCUGGCUGUUGAUCAUUUUCGCGCACACAAGUUUAUGCAAGACAAGAUCUCAGAACUUGUCGGAGUCUUGAUUUUGCUUGACAUCAUCACAAGCCAGGACGAUCAGCCUUGUGCUACUUAGAUCAGUCUUUAUAGGUUCAUCCUUGUUUUCCUUUUCCUUUUUCUUGUUUUUUGUUCUCAUCCAAUUCUUUUGUUCCUUCCAUUCUUUCAGGUGUGAAGUUUUGUUUUAUGUACAAUGCCCGAAAAGGCUUCAGCCAUAUCGGAUUCUUUGAUGU